AUGCGACGUGCAAGAGCUUCUGCGCAUGCAGAGGUCCACCAGCGACAUGCCGCACUCCUUGCAGAGAGCGAGAGGCAGAAGGUUCUGAUGCAGCACCGCAGACCGCUGCAGGCGCGUCACUGCAACCAAGUGCAAGUUGAACAGGACACCAGAAUGCGUGCCCCUCACCUGCCUUCAAGCUGGAGAGCUGACUACGAGCCCUAUCCCGCUGACAACCCAUAUCUUGGAGGAGGUGCUUUCGCGGAGGUGUUUCGUGUGCGACAUCGACAAAGUCACAAAGGAUAUGCCGUUAAGGUGAUGCACCGGCCGAACUUUGCCAUGCGGAACAUCGAGUGCCAGAUCGACUCAGAAAUCGAAGCCAUGCGGCGUGGAACGACCCUGUCAAGAGACCUCGAGGAUGCGGAGACGUACUUGCUGCGGUUGCUGGACGACACGCAGGAUGGUGACUACGUUUACCUGCUCCUGGAGCUUUGCGAGCCAGGUGACUUGCUUCAGAGGCUGAACAGGGAACCGACGAAGAGCCUUUCCGAGAACGAAGUGCGACAAAUCGCAAGGCAACUCAUGCUUGGAUUGAGAUAUGUGCACCAGUUGGGUUUUAUCCACAGGGAUAUUAAGCCGGACAACCUGCUCUGCUCGAGCGAUGGCCUGUUGCGUAUUGCAGACUUCGGCUGGUGCUGCCUGCAGAAGGAUGCCCCAACGUGCCUUGCGGGUACCUUGCAGUACAUGGCGCCGGAAGUUCUGGCCAACGAGAAGCAAACAGUCAAAGCAGACGUGUGGAGUGCUGGACUGACUCUCCACCAGCUCAUGAUUGGGAACUGUCUGCUGCAGACCAAUCUUGGACCCGGUGCGACGGGCAUGUCGGACUAUGACCCGCAGAAGUCUACAGAAUGCCGGCAGAUGUGGUUGCUCAACGAAAUUGAUCAGGCCUGCCCCCCGUCCAACAACAGCCGGCCUGGUCAUGUGAGUCCCUGUGCGUGGGACCUGUUGCAGAAAAUGCUGUGCAAGAACCCGGCGGAACGUAUUUCGGUAGAGGCUGCGCUAAACCACGAGUGGCUCCGAGAUGGGGAGGUGGAUGUGCGAUCAAGACAAGCGGUUGAUGAGAGGCCAGCAAGCCCACUGCCAUCUCGGCGCAAGGAGUUGAGAUCACCUCCGCUGAAGGGCGACAAGGAGUCUAUUCAGGUGCCCACCCCAUCGAAACCACGAUCUUGGAAGCCGAAUCUCGGAUACUCUCCGCCCGUUUCGCCAGAGGUCACCCCAGAGCGCACCCGCUGGCCGCAGAGCGAUUUCCACAUGCCGGAGAAAGAGAACACCACCGAUCCCGAAGUGUCUCCAGAGCAGAAAAUGCGCUUGCAGAGUCUGCAGAUGAAAGUGGAGAACAAGUGGGCCUCUCCGAAGGACGCGCUUUCGGAGAAGCCAGUUUGCAGCCAGACAUCCAAGCUGGAGUCACCCCAGCGCCCUCGCUUCGAUAUGAAGCCGCACCGCAAGACGAUUGCCUCGCAGAUGCACAUCUACCUGUUUAGAAAGAAGGCUGCCUUGCCACAGACGGCCGACAAGACGCUGGAGGUGCUGACGCCACGUACUGCAGAGGCGAUGGUUGGAAACAAGGUACCACCAAUGACAGGCCGCAGUUGGGCUGGGAAGCGCACGUUGGAAGAAGACACGCUGGGUAGUAUCAAAUGGGACUGCAGCAGGUCCAGCAUCCUGCGGUCGAGCUCCAAGCAGAACGGCCGCUCUGAUGCUGCCCCAUUGGGGCCGUCAGUCACCCCCGCGGCGGGGUUCUUGGCCAAGAGAGCCAUAGAUGGCGAUGCCAUGGGCCCUCCUGCAGCCGGGGGAGGGUCCGCAGCGCCAGAGCUAUCAAACGCUAAGAGCACGCACAAGCAGGCAGGCAGACGCGCAAACAUCACCAACCGGCAUCCACAGCCUAGCAGCUUGGCUUACCAUGCCUGGUUUGCACUGAGUCGCGCAGCGGCGCUGAGCAAGGCAAGGCUGUUGAGUGUGGUGAGCUGCCAGGACGUUUGCACUUGCCAGGCCAUGGCUGAGGGCAAGGAGUCAAAGGAGACCCCUUUGCAGCGAGAGACGCGGCUGACCGGCAAUGCCGACCUUGCUCCAGAAUUCCGGGAAAAGAUCCGGGACUACCUGGGCCGCCUAGAUGAGCAGCCUUUGCGCCCGCGUAUGAAGCGUGGCUUUGAGCACCUCUCAGCCGAGCUAGCUGAGCAGCUAGCUGCCAUGGGCGGUGCGCAUUCCCGUGCUGGAGAGGGCAAGCCAGGGUCCGGGCCCGGGCCUGGGCCGCAGGCGAAGCAAGGCAAAGGCAGCUCCUCGACCAUCAACGUGGAGUCUCCUCAUUAUACCCGCAGAUCAGCAGCCAUCGGUGUUGUCACUCUCUUGAAGGUGGAUGGAUGCCGCAAGCUGCCUGGCUGCGGAGCGGUGCCGAGCUACAAGGUCAUGGACGACCUGGAUUUCACAGACAGCGCCUUUGAGCUCCUAAAGCGAGGACGACGGCCUUGUCCGGUAGAUGCUGGAUGGGAGCAAUGGGAGCCGCAGGACAUGAUGCAGCAUUGUGCUCGGCUCGACACAGUGGAGAAAUUGCAGACCUUUGCCACACCUCCACGUGCCUGCAGUUCGACGGUGCAGCUUGCGCAGGUGACCCGGGCCUUCGGCAGCUCCAUGGAGGUGGGCAGUGCUUACUUCAUGUACGUCGUCCUCAGAACAGAUGCAGACAAGGACAAGAUCACGAUUCCCGAGUUAGUUCCUGUCACAGCUGAGGAGCAUUUGGAGUAUGGCUUAGCUGAGCGACGUAGGCUGGGACGCUGCAAACAGCUUCUCUACACCUUCAGUGUUGGUGUUUCACAAGUGGAACUUUCGCAAGAGCCGGGAGCAGCGAGUCGCUGCACUGACAAAGGGUCGGCUCUCACCUUCACCGAACUGGUUUUGCCCCCGCAUACCAACCACAUGGGAAACACCUUCGGCCAAAGGAGCAAAAACGGCUGUCUGGCUGCAUCUGAGGAUGGAUGUCUUGUGCUCCCCGGCUUGAAGGCGACGACAGUCCUCCAGCAUCAGGUGUUGGAGGCAGGUGGCAAGCACAUCGAAGUCGAACAGCUCAAGGACCAUAAUGGUGUGCAGGGAAUCAGAGACUUUUCAUCCACAACCAUUUUCCAUGUGCUGAAGCAGAAGGACUUGUAUUUGCGGCCUGUGAGUGUGGAUACCGCCGCCAAGCUGAACAGAGUGCAUUUCAAGGCACCCAGCCACAUCGGCGAUAGAGUGCUCGUCAAUGCCUGCGUGACCCGAGUAUUUCCCUCGAGCAUCGAGGUGAAAGUGCGCGUCACCUCAAAUUCUGUCGGCACUCAGGACGUUCCCACCGAGGUGAACGAAGGCUACAUGAACUUUGCCGUGAUGGGCCCAGAAGGGCCGCUGACGGCUUCCGUUGCAGAUGUGGUUCCUGGCACAGUAGAGCAGGAUGCCGAGCACCGCAAGGCUGUUGCCCGGCAACAAUUCCGCGAGGUACGUCGGACAGAUGGAAGAAGGUCAUCUACCUGCCCCAAGUCAUGUCUCUCGUUCAGUGUCGACUUUGACCCGGCUGGCGAAAAGGCACAGCAGGUGGCCGUGCAGUGCCUAUCUUGCAUUCUCUGCCUGAAUGACAACGCGACACUACGAUGGGAGCGACUGUUUUGUCCGGAAGGCAUGCAGGCCUGGGUCGAGUUGGGACUUCGGAAUACUUCCUCUGUCUCGCGGAUGAAGGUCCAGGCGACGAUCAACAGACCUCCAGCCGCCUGCUUCCAGCUGUUGAAGGCAGCGCAGAGGAGGGCGGAGUUUGACGUCAACUGCAUACGAGCUGAAGUCAUCCACUCCUGUGGAGAUUCCGCCGACCUUGUUCGGAUGGUUUUCGGCCAGGCGACCGAGUCGAGUCCCACGAAGAAGCCAAAUCAGGAACUCUUGGUCCUGCGUGCCUACGAGGAGAAGCCGGAGCAAAACGUGUACAUCCUUUGCUCUCGAAGUGUCAAUGCUGACAAGCUAUGCCCCCCGACAGAUGGGCUUCUGCGCACGGAAGUCCUGCCGUCUGGCUACAUCUUGGAGGCUGCUGAGGGCAGCGACGGAGCAGCCACCUACAUCACGUUCCUCUUCCAGAGCAGUACAGCCUUCUUUGACAUGGUGCAACCAAACGCCCCGGAUCUCCAGGAGGGUGGUCUGCUCCGGCAGGACAACGCGGGUGUUGACAUGAAGGCGCAGCUCAGGCAGCGCAGAGUUUGCUGGUCGCCCGUUGACAUCCACAGGUCCUCAUAUCAGGGCAAUGUGCUGACUUCAGCAUCCGAUGUGUCAGAGGCCAAGGCCCAAGCGGCAGUGGCGCUGGGCGUGGUUGCCACCAAUUUGAUCUCUGACAAUGGCGGCUGUCUGGUGGACCACAUGACGAUAGAGGAGGCUGGUAUCAACGAUGGUGCCAUACUUGCUGCUCAGCUAGCAGAUGAAGUGCGAAUCCAUACCAACAGAGGAGCCUUCGUGCAUGUAAACCCCGACGGGGACGUGCUCACUUGGGGCGAUGCAAAGGGUGGCGGUGACAGCCGGCUUGUGCAACACCACUUCGAGCGUCAAGUUGCCAACAUCUUUUCUACGGAUGCUGCCUUUGCUGCGUUGCUCCAUGAUGGCCGAGUUAUCACCUGGGGAGAUCCUCUUUCAGGUGGUGACUCUUCGGCCGUUGAGUCGCAGCUGGUGGAGGUGACGCGCAUAGUGGGGAACCGCGGUGCCUUCGCGGCCUUGCGACGUGGAGGAGGUGUCGUGGUGUGGGGCCAUCAAGCCUACGGUGCAGAUGCAGCUGCAGUGCGAGAGCAUCUCCACAGCGGCGUUGUACAGCUUUGCGGCACUGGCAGCGCCUUCGCGGCCCUAAAAGCUGACGGCCAUGUGGUUACCUGGGGCAAUGCUGCAGCUGGAGGUGACAGCCGCUACGUUUACGAUCAGCUUCAGCGCGAUGUGUCCUACCUGGCUGCCAAUGAUCACGCAUUUGUCGCGGUGCGCAAGGAUGGAACCGUCACCACCUGGGGCGAUCCGGCACGUGGUGGUGACUGCUCGGCUGUCGCCUCGAAACUGAAGCAAGGAGUCAAGAUGAUUUGUCCCAACUCAGUUGCCUUUGCUGUGAUCUUGGAGAACAAUUCUGUUCUUUCAUGGGGUCUGUGCAGCGGUGGCGGCUCCAAUCGCCAAGUUCAGGCCCAGCUUCGAUCAAAGGUCAUCAAGCUGUACGCCACAUCGCAGGCCUUCACUGCUCUGAAAGAAAGCGGCAACGUGAUCUCCUGGGGCUUGGAGUCGGAUGGAGGGGAUAUCCUGGCCCGCCCGGAGGACAGGGGCGAGGUGGACCGCAUCUUCUGCACAGACCAUGCUUUUGCUGCUCUCUCCCGACGGGAUGGGCGCGUCGUUUGUUGGGGCGCGAAGGAGUCUGGCGGUGACUGUAGUGAGGUGGCGUCAAAGCUGCAUGGGGUCUAUGAGAUCUGCGGCACGAGUCAUGCUUUUGCCGCGCUGCGUCAUGAUGGCUCUGUGGUGACCUGGGGCAACCCAGCCCUGGGAGGUGAUGCUGGCUCCUGCAUGCCGCACUUGCAGGGUGAUGUGCUUCGACUGUUUGCGACCCGCCUGGCCUUCGCUGCUGUGAAGCGUGAUGGCACUAUCCUCACUUGGGGCGGCCGAGAUGGCGGAGGUCCACUUCGUCCACCUGAGAGACAUGCCCUCAUAAGGUCGGUUGCCAAAAUUGGCCCAACCGUGAUAAUGCGCCUCUUACUCAUCGUGGACAUCUUGAAGCACGAGAGUGCCGUCUGUGCCUCAAAGUUUGGCCUAGACCGAUUAGCCAAGCAAAAGCGCCUUGAGAAGGAGCUCAAAGCAGGCUCACUGUCUCUGGACGCUGACCCCUUAGCGGACGCCCCAAAGCCUACCAUGGCCGAGCUGCAUGCAAAGGCGCAGCGCAAGCGCAUAGCAGCAGGAAGUGGUUCUGACGCUUCUGGUGACGAGGAGAACGUCCAGAACAUGUCGAGAAGUAAGUCCACCGAGAUGACAGGGUCGCCCUCCGCAAGCACAUCUUUGGACAAGGGAGCAGCUCUCGCAAUGGGUGGUUGGAAUGAGAACUGCAAGCCAGCAGCAAACCAAAAGAAGCUUUGGCUGGCAAUCACACGAUCACCGCACAAUCGGUGGAGAGGCAAACUGGAGGAGGAGGGCACACUCUGUGCCGGUGGAAUCCUUCUCCGGUCUCCAAAGAUGGAGGCCACAUUGUCGCGGUUAGCGGGACGAGUAGCUCAGGAGGUUCCACUCGACUUGUUCGUCCUCGUGCUGGCUGUCAUCUGCUUCGCCGCCGGAGUGGUCACAUACUGCCAAGAGGCACGUGCGUCUUCGAAGCAGUUGCCAAACAUCGCAAAAGACAUUGAGGAUGCCUCACCGGUCUCCGUAAAGUCUCCUGCGUCGGAGAAAGCUACAGAAGUGCCAGACGGUUGCAAGACAAAGGCGAGAGAAGAUUUGCCGGAGCCGGAACCAGAAGGUUGCGACGAAGAUUCGCGCCGAAAGAAUCUGGAGGUUUGCCUUGAACGGCUUCCAGGAGAAGCCUGGGGUUUUGCCUGGCAUAGCAAAGCGUUCGCUGACCAGAGGCUCAUCAUUGUUGGCAUCGACGUAGACUCGCCGGCGGGGCGAUGGCAGAUGGAGCGGAAGCAUCAAGGCCUUCCAAUUGUCGGGCGCGGCGAUGAGUUGGUUUGCGCGAACGAUCUCUCGCAGCACAGCAGUAUGCAGAUUUCGCUGGUGGUUGCCAACAGGCUGCGCCUGAAGUUCUUGCGCUCAGACAGCGCUGCUGGUCACUCGGCAGGCGGGGAAGUCGAGGCAUGCAAGGAAGAUGUCUUCAAAGACACGCUGCCCCAACCGCUUCUGCAGCCUGAUGCUUUCGCAGAGAGUGACGAGGAUUUGGAGGACAUAGGCAGUCAGAGCCUGUUGACUUACGAUGGUGUGCCUCGCAAUUUCUGGAGCUACCAGCGCCUACCACUCCGGCCCGUGCCGCCCGACACAGAAAACGUCCACCCUGCAGUACCACCCGAAGAGGAAGCCAAAGCCGCUCUUGUCGCUGCCGGGAAUGACCAGACGCUGCCAAGCUAUGCACGCGCGCCAAUACGCUCGCGCUCAGAUCCUCCUGCUCCGCGACAAAGGGGAGGUAGUUCCUCCCCCAUCGCGUCGAAGCAUCGCCAAGGCGUGCAGCCAUCGAUUUUCACCAGAAGCCAGAUGGCCGGACCAAGGAGUCCGGCCUCAAUGCGCAGCCCGCAGAGCGCAGUGGCAAGAGGUCGGCCGCGCCACCAAAGCGCGGAUGCAGAACCAGACAGCCACAUUCUCUCUUGUGGCUCCGGGUCUGAGAAUGCUUCCCGGAGCGACCAGUGCCCUUCCACGGAUUGGGAAUACAUGAUGGACAACCGGGCCAGGCAAUGCCAGCCUCUGCCAGACGGACCCGGCGUGAUGAUGCUCCUCCAGCCCAUGCUUGGUGGAGUCAUUGGUCAGCCUACAUCUGGGCCGCUUUUGCCUGCGCCGCCUCGAUCGCCACAUGUCUCCGACGCCUCGUCGACCCCGCCGCCACCAGUAACUUCGCCCAAGGUCCCCAGCAUGCCGUCCAACUCGGGCAUGCCAGGAGCUGGCCUAGUUGUGCCGAUGCAGAUGAAUCCCGGCUUCGCAGCAACAAGCAUGGCUUCAGCGCAGAAUCCACAGGUGUCACAGGUGCUUUCUUGGACGACUGCGUGGCAGACUGGCUUUGACCCGUGCCUUCAGGCUUCAGCUUCAUCGAGCUGGAUGCAGCCAACGCCUGCAGAUGAGAACAUGGGUCCAGCUGGACGUGGAGGCAAGAAGACCUACCGCGCCGGCCAGCGCCUGACAGCUCGCCGGCUUCGAGCUGCGCAGCGUGCUGCUGAGCACGGGCAGGCGCUGCCCACAGGGCCUCCGUUGCUUACUUCGAAGCGCUCUGAGCCUUCCUCGGCAUCCGAGGAGGAAAGCAUGCCUCUUCCAGGCCCAGUGCAAGCGGAGGGCCGCACGAAGCCCCGACGACGGGCGGGUGUCCGCGUCAGGAGGCGCCGAGAACAUGCAAUAGCCCGGCGGCGCGAGCAGGAGGAGCAGGGCGAAGCACCGCGGCCUCAGCCUGUGGGCGCUGUGCCACCUGGUCCGCUCCCACCUCGCCGGGAGGAGGUGGAUGGAUUCAACAGCCCAGUCGAGAUUGAUGCGCAAAGUCUCGAUCCAGGCUCGCCAACAGGCCCUCAACGAGCAGCAUCCAAGCGGUCGCGCAGCCGAAUUGGCGUUGGUGCCAGGGCCUCUGCCUUGGCUGAGCCCAGUGCACGGCCUGAGUCAGCACUUCCCGAUUUCGAGAGCAAUGUCAUCGGUCGUGAGGUCCUGAUCAAUGGCUUGGUCCAUACUCCGCAUCUCAACGGACAUUGGGGGCGUGUUGCUGACUUCGAUCCUGCUCAGAAUCGUUAUCUGGUCCAUGCGUUUGUCAGUGGCUCCCAUCCGCUGGCGCUACGGCUCAGGCGGGACGCAUUCGUGGUGCCCAAGACCAGCCCGCCCAGCCCUGAUGAGCUCGUUGAGGGAGUUUGGCAGAUCUGCAACAACGUGGAGCUGCAGACUGACUACGUGCCACGCAGCAUAGAAAGUCAGCCGGGGCCUUUGUUCUUCAAGGGCAACAAGGCCAAAAUCAAGGAGGAAGAUGAGGUGAAGCUGGAGCCCGGUGAGGCGCAGGAGAAGUCUCGCGUCAAAACGCGUGACAACAAGGAUCUCCAGUACCACAAUAUCACCGAGGAGGUCAUGACCAAGAACGAGAUUGAAGAGAAAAUCAAGGCAGAAGCUGAAAUCGAUGAGUACGAGGAAGGCAAGUUGGAUCGUGACUGGUACAUGGCCGAAGAGGGUGGAGCCGCUCAGGGCAUGGAUGAAAUGGACCCAGCGCAGGAGGCAGAGAAAGAGGAGAAGAAGAAGCGCCAGUUAGCAUCAGUCGCGCGUGUGAACAUACGGCAGCAGAUGAAGAACGAGGCCAAUGAGCUCUGGGAGCUCAACCGGCUGGGAGCAAUGGGCUUGGCAGAGCGGAAGGAGGUCAACCUUGAUUUCUCCAAGGAAGACGAAGAGAAGCGUGUGGCCGUUGUUGUCAGGGAUACGACGCCACCGUUUCUGGACGGUCGAAAGGUCUUCACCACUCAGACUGAGGCUGUGAGCGCUCUCAAGGAUCCCACCUCUGACAUGGCUGUAUUCUGCAAGCAGGGCUCGAAGGUGGUGAGGCAGGUCCGCGAGGAGCAAGACCAGAGCAAGUUCCGACAAAGAUUCUGGGAGCUUCAAGGCUCGAACAUGGGCAACGUGAUGGGAAUCAAGAAGAAGACAGACAACGACAAGAAGGAUGAUGACGUGUCAGAUGAUGAGUUUGACCACAAGGCCAGCAAUCAGUAUGGCCAGGCGCUGAAGAACCAAAAGACUGAGGCCCAGUCUGAGUUUGCAAAAACUCGGACCAUCCAGCAGCAGCGCCAAAGCCUUCCAGUCUACAAAGUUCGUGAAGAGCUCAUCGACCUCCUGCGUGAGCACAGUGUCCUGGUCUGCGUUGGUGAGACGGGCUCUGGAAAGACGACGCAGCUGACGCAGUACCUGCAUGAGGCCGGCUACUCUGUCAACGGCCAGAUUGGGUGCACACAGCCUCGGCGUGUUGCUGCAGUGUCUGUGGCCAAACGUGUAGCCGAUGAGAUGGCCUGUGAACUUGGCACAAAGGUCGGCUAUUCCAUCCGCUUUGAGGACUGCACCAGUGAGUCGACCAUCAUCAAGUACAUGACAGACGGCGUACUCUUGCGAGAAACCUUGUUCGAGCCCGACUUGGACAGAUAUUGCGCUGUCAUCAUGGACGAGGCCCAUGAACGCUCGCUCAAUACUGACGUGCUCUUCGGAGUCUUGCGCUCAGUAGUGGGUCGCCGCCAUGACUUCAAGCUCAUCAUCACGUCAGCGACCAUGGACGCCGACAAGUUCGCAUCUUUCUUCGGCAACGUGCCAGUGUUCAACAUCCCAGGUCGGACUUUCCCCGUGGACACAUUCUACGCGAGAACAACGGCCCAGGACUACGUUGAUGCCGCCGUGCAGCAAGCGAUUGCCAUCCACGUUGGCCAAGACCCUGGAGAUGUCUUGAUUUUCAUGACUGGGCAAGAGGACAUUGAGGCGACCUGCGUCUUGCUUGCAGACCGCAUCUCCCAGGUUGGUGAGGAUGUGCCGCCGGUUUCCAUCCUUCCCAUCUACUCCCAGCUUCCUUCCGACCUGCAGGCCAAAAUCUUUGAGAGCAGCGACAAGCGCAAGAUUAUUGUGGCCACAAACAUUGCCGAGACCUCGCUGACUGUCGAUGGUAUCAAGUAUGUUAUUGACACAGGUGCGGGCGUGAGUUGUUUCGAUGCACAUGCAGGGGGUGGCAGCACGUCUUGUUUCAGAUCGCCUGCUUGA